AUGGCUGGAGUUCUACAUCCGUUAGCAGCUCGCCUUUUAGUCGGAAGCAUACGAGACAAGCAUCCAGAUCUCCCAAUACAGGUGCACACCCAUGACAUGGCUGGAACUGGUGUUGCUUCCAUGCUUGCAGCAAUAGAGGCAGGCGCCGACGGUGUUGACGCGGCGAUCGACAGCAUGAGCGGAGUGACCAGUCAGCCGAGCAUGGGCGCCAUUGUGCGAAGUCUGAUGAACACUCCAAAAGCUACAGAUCUCAAUCUGAAAGCGGUAUCACAAUACAGCCAUUAUUGGGAAGAAACUCGUCGACUGUAUGCAAAUUUUGAAAGCACCGAUUUAUUGAAAAGUGGAACAUCGGACUCGUUCUCUCUGAAUCUGCUCGAUAAAUUCCCAUUGGUCUGCAAAAACUAUGGAGAAGCGAAUAAGGCUCUGGGAGACAUAAUCAAGGUGGCUCCUUCGUCGAAAGUCGUUGGCGAUCUGGCGCAGUUUAUGACUCAGCACGGUAUCACUUCAAGUGAGGAAUUGGAAAAGGACGCUGAGAAGCAUCCACUGCCGAAAAGCGUGCAGGACUUCUUCGAGGGAAAACUAGGACAACCCACUUACGGAUUCCCCAAGACCCUUCAAGAGAAGGUUCUUCGUGGGAAGAAGCCGCUUACUGGACGACCAGGAGCGUCUCUAAAACCAGUCGAUCUCGAUCACGAAAAAAGGCUGCUCGAAGAGAAACAUCAACAAAACUUC